AUGUGGCUGCGGUCCCUCCUGCUCUGUCUUCCCCUGGCCCUGGCCGUGAGUGGCCCGCGUGAGCCCAAGGCACCAGAAGAUGCUGGCGAGCUCCUCUGUGGGCCCCAGGGUCUUCGGUUCACGGUGCACCCUCUCGACCCGGACACGGGGACGCCUCCCACCCUGACAGCGUGGGAUAAAGCCGGGCUGCUCCACAGGCUGAGCAAUGACUCUGGCUGUGGCGCCUGGGUGACGGAGGGCCCUGGCAGCUCCGUGGUGCUGGAGGCGUCCUACAGCGGCUGCUUCUUCACCGACUGGGACUCCCAGCACUUCAUGCUGGUUGGAGUUGAAGGCCCAGCAGCAGCUGGCCACAGGUCGACGGUGAAGACCAGGCUGCUCAAGUGUCCAGUGGCUUUCCCAGUCCUGAGUGCUCCAGGUGCCGCCCUGUGUGACCCGGUGCCUGGGGGGGAAGGGCUGCCGUGUGCCCCUCCCCCCACCGCCCCAGGAGACUGCGGGAGGCUGGGCUGCUGCUACAACGCCACGGGGGAUUCCUGUUACUACGGCAACACAGUGACCUCGCUCUGCACCCAGGAUGGCCACUUCUCCAUCGCUGUGGCCCGGCACGUGACCUCUCCCCCCCUACUCUUGAACUCUGUGCACCUGGCCUUCGGGAAUGAGAGUGAAUGUAAGCCGGUGAUGGCCACAGCAGCCUUUGCCCUGUUCCUGUUUCCAUUUACUUCCUGUGGCACCACGAGGCGGAUCACUGGGGGUCAGGUGGUGUAUGAGAACGAGCUGGUGGCGGCCAGGGACGUGAGAACGUGGAGCCAGGGCUCUAUCACCCGCGACAGCACCUUCAGGCUCCGGGUCAGCUGCACCUACACCGUGAGCAGCCACACCCUCCCACUCCACGUCCAGUUGCUCGUCUUCCCAGAGCCCCCUCCUCAGACCCAGCCUGGACCCCUCACUCUGGAACUUCAGAUCGCCAAAGAUAAAAACUACAGCGCCUACUACGCUGCUGGUGACUACCCGGUGGUGAAGUUACUGCGGGACCCCAUUUACGUGGAGGUCUCCAUCCGUCGCCGAACCGACCCCGACCUGGGGCUGCUGCUGCGUCAGUGUUGGGCCACACCCGGCCCGGACCCCCUGCAGCAGCCCCAGUGGGCCCUGCUGGUGAGGGGAUGCCCCUACACCGGUGACAACUACCAGACCCAGCUGAUCACUGUCCAGGAAGCUGCAAGCCUGCCCUUCCCUUUCCACUACCAGCGCUUCAGCAUCUCCACCUUCAGUUUUGUGGACUCGGUGGCCAGGCGGGCGCUCAAGGGACCGGUGUACCUGCACUGCAGUGUGUCCAUCUGCUGGCCCGCAGGGGCGCCGUCCUGUGAGACCUGUCCUGCCGCCAGGAGAAGAAGAAGCUCCGACACCCACGUUCACAACGGUACUGCCAGCAUUUCUAGCGAGGGUCCCAUGAUUCUACUCCAAACCACUGAGGACGCUUCAGAAAAGCCCCAUGAAUACUCAGGCUCUCCUGGCGACUCCCGAGCUCUCUGGGUGGCCGGCCUCUCCGGGACCUUAAUUGUCGGAGUCUUGUUCGUGUCCUGCCUGGCGAUCAGGAAGCAGAGAUGA